GUUGGAGGCCAGUGCCACCACCAACAGAUGCCGAGAGACUGGUGAACAAGACAAGGGAAUUCCAGCUGUUCCUGUCGGCAAGCCGUCUCCACCAGGAGCCCACCUUAAGUGCCUCUAUGCGAACGCAUGGAGCAUGGAAAGUAAACAAGAGGAGCUGGAGGAUACGCACCGGGGGCUUUUUAUCCAGCAGCUACGGCACACACAGAAUCCGCAGCCCCGGAUCAAACUGAAGCUGUUUGGGCACUCUGGCGCUGGAAAAACAACCCUCGUAGAGUCUCUCAAGUGUGGCCUGAUACGAAGUUUUUUCCGAAGACGUAGGCCUAGGCUUUCCUCCACAAACUCAACAAGAUUCCCCCCAUCUCCUUUGUCUUCCAAACCUUCGGUUUCAAUAAGCAUUACAAAUCUUUAUCCUGGUUGUGAGAAUGUCAGCGUGAGAAGCCGUAGUAUGAUGUUUGAGCCGGGCCUGACCAAAGGAGUAUUAGAAGCUUUAGUUUCACCUGCUCAUCACUCUCACUUCUCUGCCGACGACCAGUCCACCAAGGCCAUUGACAUUCAGAAUGCCUGCUUGCACGGUGUUGGUGAUUUCAGCAUCUGGGAAUUCUCUGGGAAUCCGGUGUAUUUCUGCUGUUAUGAUUAUUUUGCUGCAAAUGAUCCCACUGCAAUUCACAUAGUGCUUUUUAGUCUUGAGGAGCCGUAUGAAAUCCAGUUAAACCAAGUGACCUUUUGGCUCAGUUUCCUGAAAUCCUUAGUCCCAGUUGAGGAGCCAAUAG